CUUAUUGAACCAUUUCUGCUUUUUUCCCACUCGUCAACAUGCAUCAAAAAUAGUCAGGAAUAAAAAGCAUUUUCUUGUUACUCACGCAGUAAGGACUGUCGAAAAGGAAACAACUCAAAAAUAGAUUGCAUUGGAACACUAAAAAGUUACAUCAGAAUUCUUUGAGAACAAGAGAAAGUAGGCCGUUACCGUUUAGGUGAUUAAGUAUUGAUCGGAAGGAUUAUGAUUGCUAAUAUACCAACUAACAACUAGCCACAAGUUCGUCAAGUACAUCAAGGUAUUCAAAUUUUUCACUACAAAAUCUUAUUUACUCGGCAUAGGAUUGGUAAUUAUCGAAUUCGAAAAAUAUACGAUUUGACCUUAAAGAACGAAAAAGUGACAGUUUCGCUGACACGUCUACCAACCUCCGCCUGUACUUGUGAUAUUGAAGCUAUAUUAACAUCUAGAUCUAUAUCGAUCACAAUCUUUAUCUUCGGAUACCCUUCGUUGUAUACCCCUUCUAUAAAAUAUUGUGCAUUACCUUUUUCGUUAUCGUCCUAGUAAGUUGUAAAAAUGGCUUUGCAGGGAACAAUGAUGUAUGCGCCGUCGUCUCGCAGCUCCUCUUUUCGCAACAAGCUGGCUGCUCGUAAGGCCAGUCUGGUGCUGUGGGCAGGAUUCAUCUUUAGCGGAUCGUUAGUAUUAGGAGCUCGUCCUCGAGCUCGAGGUCGAGCUGGAGGGGCAAAAAAAGAGAAAAAACCAGAGGCAGGAGGUUGUUCUCGGACAGAAGGAGGUGGUUCUGGUGCUGCAGUAGGUGGUUCUAGUCGGGACAACGGACAAGAACCUCCACAGCAACGAUUUUCUGGAUCUGCUGGCUCGCAUUCAGAACAAUUGCGAUUGUCGCAAAAAAUACCAGAGAGUCUAAGGCCCAUCCUUACGGAGAAAGUGAGCAACGGACUUUCCCCUGCGGUAUUACGGAUGCUGAUAUCAGACCUCCAGGAUCUUGUACCAUCUCCGGGAGAUGGGACAACUGCAGAGGACAUUCUCCCUAAGGCAGAACCAGAGCAGAAGAAGAAAGAGGAGCAGAGAAAGGGCAAGGAAAAGCAAGGAAAUUAUUGGCCAGAAGUCGAACAGAGGAACCGUUGGGAAGCGCAAAGACUAGCAAAGGAGCUACCGAAGACAGAAAGACUUUUGCGCACGGCAUAUGCGAGAUAUAUCGCAGCGGAGAGGCCGCAAGCUCCACCUAGCAUGUUGAAGGCGACCCGAAGCCCUUCUUCUGAUGUCGAAGAUCAGUCUCCUGAAGACGUCAUCCACGGGUCUCCCUUGCCUUCUGAGCAAGUCGCUUCUGUUCCCCAAGCUGCUCCCGAAGUAGACGGUGAAGAAGAUAAAGAGGACCGCCAUCAUUUGUCGGGAAAAAAGAGACUGGAGUGGCUCAAGAAAAAUGGGCCUCACUUGUUUUCGAAGGAGUCUGCGUAUCCAUGGAUGCCCUAA